AUGGCUGAGGAAUUGAAGACAUUAGUAAAAAUACGCGGAGGCCAUCGAGCCAGUCUUACGAAAACAUUAGCUGUAACAGAAGAACUCUUAACGCAAUCUACGGAAAUAUUUGAAGAAACACAGGCAAGUGACUUUGAAAUAAAACUUACCCAACAACGUGUGAUUUUGGGCGAGAAAUUACCACUUCUAAAGAGUUUUGACGACAAGAUUAUUCUGUUGGUUGAGGACGGAAAUAUUGAGGAUGAGGUUGCCAGUGCUGAUGACAUACGUCAAGCUAUUCAAAGGGCAAUUGUUCACAUUGAUUUAAUUUUGGAAAAACUGAAGAAAAAAUGGAAUAAAGACAGUGGAUCUUCACCAUCGAAUCUGGAAAGUUCUCUGUCGCAAGCAACAGUACCACCCACAUCUAACAGUACGGUAAGAUUACCAAAAUUAGAACUAAAACAUUUUAAUGGGAACAUAAUGGAGUGGACUACAUUUUGGGAUUCAUAUUCUUCUUCCAUUCAUGAAAAUCCUAAUUUUUCCGGUAUAGAUAAAUUCAAUUAUUUGCAUAGUCUGUUGGAAAAAUCUGCUGCUGAAGCAAUAUCGGGUUUAAAAAUAACUUCAGCAAACUACCAAGAGGCAAUAGAUAUCUUAGACAAAAGAUUUGGUAAUCAGCAACAAAUUGUCAAUGCCCACAUGAAUGCUUUAUUAAACCUGCCCAAGGUGACUAAUGUAGAUGAUUUAAAGGCUCUCAGGCAAUUACAUGAUAAAGUAGAGAGCCAUAUGAGGGGAUUGAAAUCACUUGAAGUUGACUCUGGUUCAUAUGGUAGUCUGUUAACACCUAUUUUAAUUGAUAAGUUGCCUAAAGAGCUGCGUUUAGAAGUUACAAAGCAGCUCAAAGAAGAUUGGGAUCUAGAUGAACUGAUCAAAAUCUUUAAAAGGGAACUGGAGGCUCGAGAGAGGGCAAGUCUCUUACCCGGCAGUUCAAGGGAUCCCCCAUCUAAGCCACCGUAUAAACCUAAGAAGGAUCCUAGUAAGACGUUGCAGGCAAGACUUAUAUUUGACAGUGGAAGCCAAAGAUCAUGCAUAACUUCCACAAUAAGAGACAAGCUGAAUCUCCCUAUAGUAAGACGAGAUACCCUCAAGAUUAAUGCCUUUGGUUCUAAGGAUGAAGAUAUUACCUCCUGUGAUAUGGUUCAAUUUCAGUUGGACACCGAGAGAGGACAUAAGUUAAACCUAUCGGCUUAUGUUGUUCCAUUGAUAUGCUUCACAAUCGGAAACCAAAAUACAAAAUUUGCCCAACAAUCCUAUGAACAUCUUUCUGGGUUAACUCUUGCUGACUCAGCAAACGAUGGAGAAGAAUUCGAUUUGGAUAUACUGAUUGGAAGCGAUUAUUAUUGGCAGUUGGUCACCGGUCAUGUAAUCCAUGGAAACGAUGGUCCUACAGCAAUGCAUACCAAGCUCGGCUGGGUUUUGUCUGGUCCAGUGAAAGGGGCACCACCCGAUUCUCAUUCCAAUGUCAACAUUGCAUCUACCCAUGUGUUACGAUGUUCUACCCAACUCACCCCUUCCCCAGAAGCAACAAUUGAAACUAACCUCAAACGUUUUUGGGAAUUGGAAUCACUUGGUAUCAGUCCUGACGAGCAUUCUCUUUACGAAGAGUUUCUAAGUACUGUGAAACACCGAGAUGGUCGAUAUGAAGUUCACCUACCAUGGAAAGAUAACCAAGUCGCCAUACCAGAUGACUACCAGCUUAGUCUAAGGAGACUAGAAUCCGACAAGAUCCUAAAACCCUGAAGGAAUACGACAACCUUAUUCAGGAGCAGAUAGCUAGAGGAAUCAUAGAAAGAGUUGAUGAAACAUCCACCACCAAUGCAAGUCGUGUCCAUUACUUACCACACCAUGCUAUCAUCCGUCUCGACAAGACAACAACAAAAUUGCGGAUAGUCUACGAUGCUUCUGCGAAAUUCGAGGGCCCCUCUCUUAAUGAUUGCCUAUACUCUGGCCCAUCACUUGCUGAGAAUAUUGUAGACAUUUUGCUGAGAUUCAGGUGUCAUCCAACAGCAUUGGUCGGAGACAUUGAAAAAGCGUUUUUGAUGAUUGCCAUUGCAAAGGAAGAUCGAGACGUCUUGAGAUUUCUCUGGGUUGACGAUAUUACUAAGGAUGACCCUAAGAUUAUGAUAUAUCGAUUUACGCGUGUAGUAUUCGGGGUGACGGCCAGUCCAUUUUUGUUGAAUGGGACAAUCAAACAUCACAUUGAGAAAUAUCAGGAAGAAGACCCGGAGUUUGUACAGAAGUUUCUGAGUGGCAUUUACGUGGAUGAUUUAAGUUCUGGAGCCAAGGAUGACAACGCAGCCUAUGAACUGUAUAUUAAAUCAAAACAACGACUAAGUGAAGGCGGAUUCAAUCUUCGCAAGUUUCUAUCUAAUUCUCCUACCCUAAUGCAAAGAAUACGGCAAAAUGAAGAAAACCCUACCAUCGGUCAGUCAACGACAGAUGUGGUCAACGAUGUCUGUACAGAGGAUAAGUCAUAUUGCAAGUCAACAGUGGGUAAUCCCCAAGAAUUACCGUUGGAAAGGGAAGAGAAGAUCCUGGGAAUUCGGUGGAACUAUGUAAAUGACACAUUCAUCUUCAAUUUUCAGCGAAUUGUGCAAGCAGCUCGAGAACUUGAGCCUACGAAGCGAAAUGUCAUUGGUAUCAUAUCCCGUUUCUAUGACCCGUUGGGAGUUCUCGCACCCAUAACAGUCAAAUUAAAGAUGUUUUUUCAGGAGCUAUGCCAAUCUAAAGUUGAAUGGGACGAAUAA